CGCAGCCAUUUGGGCUCCAGCAAGAUUUGGGGCCUCCAGAGGCCACGAUUCUGGCCUGUACGAGGCAGUCCUGGCGGGGCUGUUUUUGGCUUCCUGGUGCUCUCGCCCCCUGGACCUCGAGGCCACCUCUGCAGCGCCGCGAGCCUCCCAGUCAGGCCAUGGCGGGACCGAGGGAGCACCCUGCAGAGCCUCCUCGCCCUGAGGGCACAGCCUCGUGCGCGCGAGCCCCGCUGUCGAUCCAGCCCGCGGUGCUGCCCCUGGCGGGGUGCACGAGCGAGGACCACUGGGCACCGCCGACGGCCAGCGGAGGCGAGCCGGAGGUUCGGGAGGCCUGGGCGCCGGCACGGCCGAUGGCCAUCGGAGGCGAGCCGGAGGCUGGGGCGUCGGACGCGCUCGUGCUCACGCUGCCUGGAGCGGUGCUGGGCGCGCCGGCACCGAUCGGGCUCGAGGAGGGCCGCGCCGCAGAGGCCUCGAGGAGGUCCUGCAGCUUGCCGGCUGCGAGAUACAGCCGUCGCUCGUCUAUGCUGUCGAUGCGCUCCAUGGCAUCGCAACUGUCGGUCGUCCUGGAGCCCCCGUUCGCGAUCACUUGGCACAUCGAGCUGUUCGUCAUCGGAUGUGAUGCUGAGCAGUGGUGCGCCCGAGCGGUGGGCUCAAAGACCGCUGAUGCCUACCGGCCGCAGAAGGGCGGGGCGGGCAGGCGCGAUGACGAGGGCUCCCUGCGCGAAGGCAAAGACAGCACGGGGCUCUGUCUUUUUAUCCCCAUGCAGGCGAGGGAAGAUUCCAAAUUGGGCCGCGAUAGCAUCAUGUCCAUGAAGUCCAGUGACAGCCGCUGCGGGCCACCCCAGGAGCUGGCGGAAGUGCGUUUCACACCGAUACAGGGCUUCAGGGACAAUUUGAGUCUCCCCACAAAUCCGGCAGAUUGCUUGAGCUGCAUCGCCGUGCUGCUAGUCACCCCCACCAACACUAGCAUUCAGGAGACGGUAUGGGAUUUCCAGAUGAGGCUCAGCGAGAUAGCUUUCAGGCCGAGGCACAUGCGACCCCACGUGGUGAUGCUGAAGUUCAAGACCGGUGCUGCCCAGGACGGUCAGCUGCAGGAACUUGUCGCAAAGUGGCAGGAGAAGGUGUCCAUCGAGCUGCGGGCCCACGAGGAGGACACCGAGGAAGAAAUCAUGGAGGCGCUCGCAGCCAUGUGCCGGGACUUCAGCCAGAACCAGCCGAAACAUGUGCGGUCGUCUGCGGCGAGGGCAGAGUCACAGUCAGGGACGGGUGUCCUGCAAGCUCUGAGAAUGUGUCCCGUAACAUGCGCAGUCAUUCUGGUCAUCAUUCCCAUUUUUUUGGUCAUCAUUCUCAGUCUGGUCAUGCGUGUGUCUUGGUGAAGGAUGUGAUGCGAACUCGUCAUCAAUAACGCCCUUCUCCAUUCUUGCAUUCCAAGGUUGGGAGCGUCAUGGGCGCGGUCCAAACCCAUCCUUUCUCUCUGUCCCUCGGGUUUCUUUUCUUGUCAUGCAUCCAGUACUUCUGAGCGACAUUUUCUGUCUCUCUCUCUCUCUCUCUCUCUUUUUUUGUUUUCUCUAUCUCUCUAUUCUCGGCGGCAAUGUCCAUCCUCAGUCCUGGCUCCAGUCAUAUUUAAGUUGCUUCACUGGGGAGUUCGUUCAGUGCUGUGCGAUUCGCGGCCACCUGCCAGUAGAGCACAUACAGCCGCCACGUUGAGACAAGAAACUCCCUGUGUUGCGUUGCAGAACGUUGCGUUUGAGGCCUCGCACUCUUUGCGUCACGCUUCUGCGGCUUCUUCUGCGGCUAGCGUGGCACCGCUUCGGCGCGUCCCGCUCGCGUGGUGAUUGUGCUGUUCGGGGUUACUCCGCGGAGCACUCGCGCUGCGAUGAGCACCACACCCUUCCAAGCGCGCACCCGCUUGGCGGAUAGACAGGGAACGGGACCAUCUUUCGAGCCGAGCCAGGUGGAU